AAGGCUAGGAAACAAUAAGCACAAGGGGGAGUGUGGGAGAGAGGCUGGCAGAGAACUCUCCUUGAAGCUUGGUUGCGUCUCGCCACUUGUCUCCAUCCCACCCUUGCUCAAUGAAGCCAGAAGAGAAUGAAGAUAUGUUCUCCAGCUUUUUGCUGGAGGACAUAAAGCAGAGGCUGCUCCAAGCUUUCCAAGGACAGACGACAGGGGUAGCAAUUACUCCUGCAUUGUCUAGACCUGUUGAAGAUACGGCCCGUGGCAGAAGAGCUGUGCCCACUCAGGACCUGCACUGGGGCCACAUGGAGAAGGGCAUAGCCUGGCUUCGCAUAGAAUUGCUUGAGAUGAAGUUCCAGAACCAGAAACUUGCCAGAACUCUGCUGGAUUUAAGUAUGGAAAUUCAGAGGCUGAGGAAUGAAAUUGAUAUGUCAGCAGCUCUAGAAUCAAAAGAUCUAAGCUCCUUUGGAAAUUCAGACUAAUAAACUGUACUAUGAGACCAAAUCUAGACUCCAAAAUGCAUCCUUUUACUGAUUCAGAAAAAAGAAAUUGAAGACUGGAUUGCACGUUUAAGUUCAGUUUCAUGACAAAACCUUCUUCUUCCUUAAAGAUUAAUCUUCUUCCUUAAAGAUUAAUAAGAUUUCUGCUUAACUCAGUUGGGGGAGUGAUAUGUACAAAAGAAUUUGAUGUCUCCCCAGGAGUUUCAGCUGAAAGAAAGAUGAAGUGUUUGCAUCAUCUUUCAAAUGCGAUCAUUGCUUUUAGAAUGACCCAAAGAGCAAUUUGAUCCUAGGAAAGAUGGGAGGAUAACUUAGAAAGCUGUUAAAAACAAUAGCAACAAUAUUAUUGGACUUAUUUGCAGCAAAUAAAUUAUACUCAUUUCAGAAAA